AUGCAGGAUCUAGUAGAUCAGGCUUUUAACAGCUCUAAAGUGGAUGAAAGGAAUGAGAAGAUGCAUAUGAAGCUGAUGAAGACAGAUGUGCCGCAACAAACAAAUACCAUGCGUAUACCCGCACAGACACGUCCAACAAGGACAGAUGUUUACCCAGAGGCACUAACUCAGUCCAUCUGGACAUUACAGGUCUGGAUUUGGGGGUCCCAUUCAAAAUGGAGCAUUGUCAAUAGCGAUAGUUGGUGUCAGUGUUGA